UGCAGGAUGGUAACGGCUCAUAUCGCUGAGAUCUACUUCAGAGCGUGGAAGAAAGCCAGCGGUGAUUUCCUGGAGACGAUCGAGAGCUCCUGCGUUCAGGAUUUAAUGCAGAACGCCAUCUUCCUCCACAGAUCCUCUCCUGUGUACGCCAAAGUCCGAAAGAUCGUGAGCUACUUCCACUCGAGGAAAGGCUGUGAGAAAGUGGACAAGAUGCUCUCCAAUCUCUACAAGCCCAUUCUGUGGAAAGCUCUAAGUGCGCCAAACUUCGAGGUGCGAGCGAACGCCACGCUGCUUUUCACCGAAGCUUUCCCGGUGCUUGACAUGGAAAACGGCAACAAGAGCACGGACGAGGCCAUUCAGAAGCAGCUGGACACGGUCAUGGUGCUCCUGGAUGAUCCUCACCCCACAGUCCGCUCUAACGCCAUCUUAGGAGUGUGUAAGAUCCUGGCUAAAUACUGGGAGCUGCUUCCUGCCGCCAUCAUCACCGACUUCCUGAAGAAGCUUGUGAUGGAGCUGGCGUUCGAUUCGAGUUCUCCUGACGUCCGCUGCUCCGUCUUCAAGUGUCUCAUCAUCGUGCUGGACAACAGCCUCAGCCACCCCAUCCUGGAGAAGCUGCUCCAGACUCUGAAAUACAGUUUGCACGACAACUCGGAGAAAGUCCGCAUCGCUUUCCUCGACAUGCUCAUUAAAGUGAAGGCUGUGCGAGCUGCUAAGGUACCGCCUCCUCUCGUAGCUCUGGUCCGUGUGCAGCAUGGAUCAUCUUCUCUGUCUCCUCUCGUAGCUCUGGUCCGUGUGCAGCAUGGAUCAUCUUCUCUGUCUCCUCUCUUAGUUCUGGUCCGUGUGCAGCAUGGAUCAUUUUCUCUGUCUCCUCUCGUAGCUCUGGUCCGUGUGCAGCAUGGAUCAUCUUCUCUGUCUCCUCUCGUAGCUCUGGUCCGUGUGCAGCAUGUAUCAUCUUCUCUGUCUCCUCUCGUAGCUCUGGUCCGUGUGCAGCAUGGAUCAUCUUCUCUGUCUCCUCUCUUAGCUCUGGUCCGUGUGCAGCAUGGAUCAUCUUCUCUGUCUCCUCUCGUAGCUCUGGUCCGUGUGCAGCAUGGAUCAUCUUCUCUGUCUCCUCUCGUAGCUCUGGUCCGUGUGCAGCAUGGAUCAUCUUCUCUGUCUCCUCUCGUAGCUCUGGUCCGUGUGCAGCAUGGAUCAUCUUCUCUGUCUCCUCUCGUAGCUCUGGUCCGUGUGCAGCAUGGAUCAUCUUCUCUGUCUCCUCUCGUCAUCGACUCGUUAUCCGUGUCGAAGCGCAUCGUGGAUCUACUUUUCAAGUCCUUCUUCCCAGUGGACGAGUCGGAUAAGGAGUGGUGCAGCCGCUGCAUCACGCUCAUCCAGAUGAACCCCGCCGCCGCCAGGAAGUUCUACACACACACACACAAACACACCGCGCCCACCAACAUCA